CCCGCCGGGUUUGCUGCUUUCCUUUCCACGCCCCGCUUCUCCGCGCAUCAAAACAAGACCGUCGCGGAGGGGGCGGGGCCUGCACUCGCGGCGACUGCGGGUUGGCCCCGGGCUUCCGCUCGCACUUCCGGCGGCGGAGGUUGGGAGUCCAGGCAUGGACGUGCGCUAGCGGUGGACGCGGCGGAGCGGGGAGCCCAAGGUCUGGAUAUGUGUGAAUGCCUGUCCUUAACUAGCACAGCCGUCUGAACUGAGAGGAUCACUUUCUUCAGGGCGUUUGCCAAGUUCCUGAGAUUAAAAACCAGGCAGAGAUAUGAAGGAUGAGUAUUCAAGGCAGAUAGAAGAGCUAUAAAGUCAGGGAAUGCCAAGCACCAUGAAGUGUUUUAGGAAGAGGUGCAGAAUGAGCACAUGUUGUUGGUGUACACCAGGUGGUAUUUCCACCACUGACUUCCUGAAGUGCUAUGCAUCGUCCAAGACCCAGGACCGUGAAUUCCAAACAGCUGAUGAAGAUCUCUGCUACUGCUUGGAGUGUGUGGCUGAAUACCACAAAGCAAGGGAUGAACUGCCAUUCUUGCAUGAGGUUUUAUGGGAAUUAGAAACCUUACGUCUCAUAAAUCACUUUGAAAACUCCAUGAAGGAAGAAAUUGAAGAUGAUGAUGAAUUAUACAUAGUAGACAACAAUGGAGAGGCACAGCUGUUUGAUUUUAGUGGCCAAGACUUUGAAAAUAAGAUACGAGUUCCUCUUCUUGAAAUACUGAAAUAUCCGUACCUGCUUCUACAUGAGCGUGUUAAUGAGCUCUGUGUUGAAGCACUUUGCCGGAUGGAGCAAGCCAAUUGCUCCUUUCAGGUUUUUGAAAAACAUCCGGGGAUCUAUUUGUUUCUGGUCCAUCCCAAUGAAAUGGUUCGGCGUUGGGCUAUCCUGACUGCAAGAAACCUUGGAAAAGUGGACAGAGAUGAUUAUUAUGACUUACAGGAAGUGUUAACUUGCCUUUUUAAAGUCAUUGAGUUGGGCCUUCUAGAAAGUCCAGACAUUUAUACUUCUUCAGUCCUUGAAAAGGGUAAACUGAUUCUCCUGCCUGCACACAUGUAUGAUACUACCAACUACAAAAACUAUUGGUUAGGUAUUUGCAUGUUGCUGACAAUUCUUGAGGAGCAAGCCAUGGAUUCGCUGUUGCUGGGCUCAGAUAAACAAAACGAUUUCAUGCAAUCAAUCCUUCACACCAUGGAGAGGCAGUCAGAUGAUGACAGUGUGAAUCCUUUUUGGCCGGCAUUACAUUGUUUCAUGGUAAUCCUGGAUCGCCUUGGAUCUAAGGUCUGGGGUCAGCUGAUUGAUCCUAUUGAGGCAUUUCAAACCAUUAUCAACAAUGUGAGCUAUAAUAAAGAGAUCCAGAAUAUACGGAAUAGCUCUAUAAGGACCAAGUUAGAACCAGAGCCAUGUUUGGAUGAUAUGGUGACUUGCAGCCAGAUUGUAUACAGUUAUAAUCCUGAAAAGACAAAAAAGGAUUCAGGGUGGAGAACAGCUAUUUGCCCAGAUUAUUGUCCUAACAUGUAUGAAGAAAUGGAAACAUUGGCCAGUGUCCUUCAGUCAGACAUUGGCCAAGACAUGCGUGUUCAUAACAGCACAUUUCUGUGGUUUAUACCUUUCGUUCAGUCUCUGAUGGAGCUGAAGGAUCUGGGCGUGGCUUACAUCGUAGAAGUGAUUCAUCAUCUGUACUCGCAGGUCAAGGAUGUCCUCAACCAGACAGAUGCUGUAUGUGACAAAGUCACGGAAUUUUUUCUUCUCAUUUUGGUGUCAGUGGUUGAACUGCAUAGAAAUAAAAAAUGUUUGCAUUUGCUGUGGGUUAGUUCCCAGCAGUGGGUAGCAGCUGUAGUAAAAUGUGCCAAGCUUCCUACUAGUGCAUUUGUACGGAGUUCUGAGAAGUCAGCUGGAAGUUAUUCCAAAGGAACAGCAAUGAUCACAUCGCUACCACUGCAUUUAGUGCCAUCUAACUCUGUACAGCUUGCUUGUGUGCAGCUAAUUAGGAGUCUCCUUAAAGAAGGUUAUCAGCUUGGUCAGCAGACUCUCUGCAAGCGAUUCUGGGAUAAGCUUAACCUGUUCCUUCGAGGAAAUUUGUCUCUAGGUUGGCAGUUGACUAGCCAGGAAACCCAUGAGUUACAAACUUGUUUAAAACAAAUAAUUAGAAACAAAUCCUUAGAAAAAUUAAAAAUACCUCCAAGUAACCCUUUUGUGGAUCUGACUCCCACGUAUAAAACCCCACCUGCAUCUUUUAAAGAAGAAAGUGAACAAAAAAGGAAGAAGCCUAAAAAAGACAUCUACUGUCUGGAAAAUUCCUGCCUGACAUUUUCUAAAGAACCAGUGAAAACUGAAACAUCUCAAGUACAAGAGCAUAGAUUGAUUAAAGCAAGUAACACUAUAGAAGAAGGGGAUAAAGAGCAAAAUUAUCUAAAGGAUUUGAAUGUUGAAGACCAUCUCUCAGCUGAGUCAUGGUUAAAGCUGAGUUGUAAAAGCCACUUUACUGAAAGAGCUCAAGAUCAGACUAAAGUAAGUAAAAGGAAGCAGAUGUCUGUGGAAGAGAGCUCUUCAUGUACACCACAGAUUUGUACUUCACGAAAUGGUCGAGGAGGAGAAGGUGACAGAGCAAUAAUGAUAACCCAUUCAUUGACUGAUUCUGGCACUGGUUCUCCAGAACAUGUGUCCACAUUAAAUGAGGAUUUCUCCUUAAAGGAUGAUGCUCUUGGUAAAUCUUCAAAACCAAAAUCUAAGGCAGAGAAAGAUAAAAUCUGUACAAAGUUAUCACAUGUCAUAAAGAAGCAACCCAGGAAAAGUGCGGUGGUCAAUAAUGCUGUCAGUGUACAGGAAAAUCUGGCGGUAGGUAACAUGGAGAGUUUUUGUUCAGAGAAAGAUAAAGGUGUGCAGAAAGAAGGUGGAACCACACAGAGUCUGUCUUUAGACCCUGAUGGCGUUCUGGUUGAUGAAAAUGGAGAACAAAAAUCACAAAACAAUUGGUUGCUGAAAAAGAAGCAUUUAAAGAAUGAAGAAUUGGAUAUUUUUUCUUCCCAUGAAAAGAGUUGUCAAAUACAGAAGUGUCAUGUUGAUAAAGAUUUGGUCUCAUUAACAGAAAUGAGCGAUACUUCGGUAAAGAAGAUGUCUCUCUGUAAGGAGCCUGGGACCAUGCUUGAAUCAAGAGAUAAGGAAAGGACUAAGAGUACAGCUCUGAUUUCCUCUGACUUGCAAAAAGAACCCUUUCCUAGCAUUAGUCCUGAGUCUGACACCUUAACAGAUUCUCAGGUAGACAGAGACCUCCACAAAUUAUCUUUAGUAGCUCAAGCCAGUGUUAUUAAAUUUCCAUCAGAUUUAACUCAAAAAAGCUCACGCCAGCUGCAAAGGAAAGGAAAAGAUGAUAAAAGAUGCUUCACGGCUCAUCAUAACGUGGACAGCUGCUGUGGACAAGUUAUUGUUAUUUCAGAUUCUGAUGAUGAAGAUGAAAUUCUGGGUUUUGAGAAACACAUUGAAAAGGACAAAAUACGCCUUAAGAAAGAAUGUCCAGAGCAGCAUGAUUCAGUUAAUACUAAUGCAGACAAACAGCUUAUAAAAGAAGAAAAAAUGUCUUUUCUGUUUGAGGAUUCUGAUUCUCAGGUUUUUGAGUUUGAAAGUCAAUCUCAAGUGUUUUCAGUUUGGCAGGAUCAGAAAGUAGACAAUCAGAAUUCAGUUCAAGAGGAGGAAAAAAAUUCAUGUGUGACUCACAUAGCUGAUAGCACAAAUAAUUGGGGUAAUGGUACGGAUUAUGUAUCUGAAGAGGCUGUUCAAGAAGUAGCAAAGGACAUUGGAGAACAUGGAGAACCACAUAGUAGCAUUUCUGUUAAGGAAUAUGGUAAAACUAAAGUAAAAAAUCGUAAGAGAAAGCAAUUUGAACAGCCUGUAACUGAAGAUCCUCCAAAGCCUUCACCUUCUGUCAGAAAUGAGGACCAGUCUAACAUUCUUAAUGAGAGAGAUCUUACUGAAAGUGAUUUAAAAUGUACCGAGAUAAGUACCACAACUCCCAGUUCAAGUGUUGAGAGAGCUACCACCGUUCAAGCGAAGUCUGCUGCAAAGGCUUGUACUUACUCAAAACCUGCUAGGAAAGGACCAGUUUCUAAAACUCCUAAGAAAACACAUUCAGAUGCCAAAAAAGGGCAGAAUAAAAGUUCACAUUACCUAAGUUGUAGAACAGCUCCUGCUGUAGUGCCACCAAAGAAAACGCGCCAUUGUCCUGAACCAACAUCAACAGUUGAGAAACUUGGUCUGAAGAAAGCUCCUCGGAGGGCAUUUGACUUGUCCCAGAGAACUUUAGACUCUAUAGGUCAGUUACGGGAUCAUGGCAAAAAUGUCGGAGCAGUUAGUACCCCAAAAAAGACGAAGUUAAUUUCUCCCCAGACUCUCUCUGUUAAAAAUAAUAAGAAACUCCUGACAAGUCAGGAUCUUCAGGUGCAAAGGCAGAUGAGACAGAAAUCACACAAAAAAAGGAAAGAACGUUGUAGUUACGAAGGUUCAAAGGCUACAAGACCAGGGCCAGGUAGAACACAGAAUUCUGACAUAGUUGUACCAGAAUCUGAUAGGUUAGAUUAUAAUUCUAAAAGACAUGAGGUACUUGCUAACAUUAAGGAAAAACGGUUAGUAAAAUCCAUGCCUUCAGAACCAGAAGCCAUAAAAGCACAUUCUCAGGUGCCUGAGAAUGCUUUAAACCAUUGUGAUUCCAGAGUGUUAAAUGGAAGAAUCCCAACAGAUGAAAUGAUUGUCUCUACUUCAGAGGACCCUGUAGGUGGGGGUGAGCCAACAGGGCGUCAGGUAGCAGUGGCAACUCUGAGAGAGGCAGAACCAGAAUCCAGUAGUGAUACGGAUGAUGAUGAUUUAUUUUUAACACAACAUGGUCCUGAAGAUAUGGAUUUAUGUUCACAAAUGGAGGAUGAGAAUGAUAAACUCUUUGAAGUGCUUCAUGGAAAAGUUAGAGUUCAGGUAGAAGGUUCUGGAAGUUGGCCUCAGUUGGCACAGAGUGGCACAAAGUGUAAGUACAAAGAUUGUGCUGAAACUCUGAAGAACGAGGAUGAGUAUUGUCCAAGGCACUUAAAAGCUAAAGCAGCUGAUGACAAUGUAUUUCGUAAGCCUGGCUUGCCUCCUCCCGCACGGAGACCUUCCACCACUAAAAUUUUUAGCUCAAGUAGCACUUCCCGGAUUGCCCAUCUCUCCAAGUCUUUGGAAAGUUCUCCAGCACCUCCAUCAGCUCUAAAAAGUAAAUCAAAUGGGGUACAGUCUAUUUUAAAAGGGCCACAGCCCGCUUCCCCACCAUCUCUCAAGCCAGUGGGUGAAGUGGAUAGUUUAUACAGUGUUCAUUCUCAGACUCUAAAUAAUUCCAACAGGCAAGGUUACAAACUUCCACUUGGUGAAAACAAAUCCUUCUCUGCUUCCCCUCCAAUGAACAUUCUUUUCUCACAGUCUAUCUCUGACAUCUUCAUUAAAGAAGUCUUAAAAUGGAAAUACGAAAUGUUUUUGAACUUCGAUCUUUGUGGACCCCCAGCAAGUCUUUGCCAGUCCAUCUCAAGACCUGUGCCUGUCAGAUUUCAAGAUUGUGGAGAGUAUUUUGAUGUUUUUUUACCUUUGAUAAUAUUGAAUACUUUUGAAACAGUGGCUCAGGAAUGGAUCAGCUCUCCAAAUAAAAAGAAUUUCUAUGAGUUGCAUUUACGAAAAUUUCCGACUGAUUAUAAAAAAACCUGGGAAUUUGUAGUGUAUCUGGAGGAAUGUGAACUGGCUAAACAGUUUCAUCCGAAGGAAAAUGAUUUGGUGUUUUUGCUUCCUGAGAGACUAAGUGGAGAGAAAAAUUAUAUAGAGAGAAAUCACAUCCAGGAUCUCCAUGAAUAUCACUGUGGUUACAUUCACAGGUUUCGCCGCACGUCAGGCAUGUGUAAUGGAAAAUCUGAGUGCUCCCUUUCCAUUCAGACUCAAGAUGAUUUCCAAGCCAAUUUAAAUGAAUUUAUGAAAUGCAUUAUAAUCAGUUCUCUGGUGACUACACAAAGGAAGUUGAAAGCCAUGUCUCUAUUGAGUGGCCGGAACCAGCUGGCCAGAGCUAUUCUGAAUCCAAACCCCAUGGAUUUCUGUACCAAAGAUUUACUAACUACAACAUCUGAGAGAAUUAUAGCCUACUUAAAAGAUUUCAAUGAAGAGCAGAAAAAGGCAGUAGAAACUGCGUAUGCCAUGGUGAAACACUCGCCAUCAGUUGCCAAAAUCUGCCUGAUUCAUGGACCACCUGGGACUGGAAAAUCAAAAACUAUUGUUGGCCUCCUCUUCCGCUUACUGAUGGAGAACCAGAGAGGGGGACACUUGGAUGAAAACUCCAACGCCAAGAUCAAACAGAACCGCGUCCUUGUGUGUGCUCCUUCCAAUGCAGCUGUUGACGAACUUAUGAAAAAAAUUAUCAUCGAAUUCAAAGAAAAAUGUAAAGACAAGAGGAAUCCUUUGGGAAACUGUGGAGAUAUAAAUUUGGUACGACUGGGUCCAGAAAAAUCUAUCAACAGUGAGGUCCUAAAAUUCAGUUUGGACAGCCAAGUGAACCACAGAAUGAAAAAAGACUUACCUUCUCAUGUUCAGGAGAUGCAUAGAAGAAAGGAGUUUCUAGAUCAUCAGCUAGAUGAGCUUUCCCGUCAGCGAGCUUUAUGCCGAGGUGGAAGAGCAAUGCAGAGGCAAGAAUUAGAUGAAAAAAUUGCUAAAGUUUCCAAAGAAAGGCAAGAACUUGCUUCUAAAAUUAAAGAGGUGCAGGGGCGCCCACAGAAGGCCCAGAGUACCGUGAUUUUAGAGUCCCAUAUCAUCUGCUGCACGCUGAGCACCAGUGGUGGUUUGCUGCUCGAGUCUGCUUUUCGGGGCCAGGGAGGUGUCCCCUUCAGUUGUGUCAUUGUCGAUGAGGCCGGGCAGUCCUGUGAAGUUGAGACCCUGACCCCUCUCAUCCACCGCUGCAACAAGCUCAUCCUAGUAGGAGACCCUAAGCAGCUGCCCCCCACAGUCAUUUCCAUGAAGGCCCAGGAGUACGGCUAUGACCAGUCGAUGAUGGCACGCUUCUGCAGACUGCUGGAGGAGAGAGUGGAGCAGAACACGAUCGGCAGGCUGCCCGUGCUGCAGCUCACUGUGCAGUACAGGAUGCACCCGGACAUCUGCCUCUUCCCGUCCAAUUACAUUUAUAACAGAAGUUUGAAAACACAUCGGUUUACUGAAUCUGUUCGAUGUUCAUCAGACUGGCCCUUUCAGCCUUACCUUGUGUUUGAUGUCGGAGACGGUUCAGAAAGACGGGAUAAUGACUCAUAUGUAAAUGGUCAAGAAAUAAAAUUGGUGAUGGAAAUAAUUAAACUGAUUAAAGAAAAAAAGAGAGAGAUUAAUUUCCGAAACAUUGGCAUAAUAACUCAUUACAAGGCUCAGAAGAUAAUGAUUCAGAAGGAUUUGGACAAAGAGUUUGACAGGAAAGGACCAGCAGAGGUGGACACCGUGGAUGCCUUCCAGGGCCGCCAGAAGGACUGCAUCAUUGUCACCUGUGUCCGAGCAAAUGCCAUGCAGGGCUCCAUCGGGUUCCUGGCCAGCUUGCAGAGGUUGAACGUCACCAUUACACGCGCCAAGUACAGCCUCUUCAUCCUCGGGCAUCUGAGGACCCUGAUGGAAAACCACCAUUGGAACGAACUGAUUCAGGAUGCUCAGAAGCGUGGUGCCAUCAUCAAAACCUGUGACAAAAGCUAUAGACAUGAUGCAGUGAAGAUCCUGAAACUCAAGCCCCAGCUGCAGCGGAGUCUGACCCACCCCCCUACCAUAGCCCCUGAGGUGUCCAGGCCCCAGGGCGGCCUGCCCAGCAACAGGCUGGACAGUGGGCUUGCCACAACGUCCUCGGCUGCCUCUCUGUACCACAGCCCCUCUGACUCCAACGAAGCUGCUGUCACUGUAACUGCAAGGGACCCAGAAAGGUCGCCCCUGCAGGAACGACUUCGGGACCCACGACUGCUCAAGAGAUUUGAGGCUGAAGCCAAGGCAGGGACAUUCCUCAGGGAUCCACAGGCCAUGAGCCCCCAGCAUCCUGGAGGGAUGCCUCCCUGGGCAGAGCUGGGCUUUUCUGUGACUUAUCAGGACUUUGGCGGUGCCCUGCAGCCACCUGCUGCUAAUGUCGCCCCUCAGAGCCACUACAGACCUCUGGCACAGGGUGAGCCUCCCGCUGCUGGCACUGAUGCAUUUGUGAGUAGAAAAGGUGGUAACCAGGAGGGCGGGCUGGGUCACAGGAGAGAGGGUUGGGCCUUCAGUGCGGGCGAGCAGGAAGAGGACUGUGGCUCUGCGACUUACUACCCAAAGAACUCCGCCUGGGACAGCAGGGGGGCAGAAGAGGACAGCAGUUCGAAGAAGAGAAAGCUUUUGUAGUAAAGCCAUGUGACGGGACUGGACUGUCAGCCCUGGGCAUUCUGUAAACUUAAGGUGACCACUGCAUAGGACCACUCAGAUGAGGUGAUUCUUUUUUUUCCCCUUUAAGGAGUUUGUGUGCUGUUGGAAAAUAAAGAAGUGUGUCCGAUGCCUGAGCCUUCUGGUCACCUUGAGUAGUUUUUGCCAGUUGCUCAGUUUUCUGAGGGCAUCUGUGCAUCUGUAGUAACGCACGCCUUUGACGGCAGGACUCUUGUUUUCUGAGUGGUCAGCUCUGGAGGUCAGACUGGAGUGAACGUUGUAAAAGUUGCAGUGUAUAUUUGUAUAGCAAAUAACAAGACACUUUUAAAGUUUAAUGUUCUAGACCACUUUUCUUUUCUCUGCUUACAAUGUUGAUCAUUUUUUAAUGGAACAAACUGUUUAUUAAAAGAGGAAGGCUGGUGCUUUCAUCCAUUGUGAUGGAGACAGGGUUCUGUAACAGCCUAGGUGUUUGGGAUGAACAGUGAGUGCCAGGGGCCAGGGGUCUCUCAGCUGUGUUUAAAAAGCCAGGGUCCCGUGGGGACCUUGGGGAAGUGCAGUCACAGGAGAAGCUGUGCCGAUCCCAGGACAUGGUCUGUGACGAGUCCCCGGGCUGUCUCAGUGCACACAGCUCCCAGCUAACGCCCUCACUCUUCCCAAAGCAGAAGAAGGCUUGCACCGUCCCGUUCAGGCACCCCGGCGUUGGUGAGCCUCGUGCAGCUGCCAGGGAAGAUAGGUGCUGGGGUGGCCGUGGAGGAACUGCCUCCAGUUGCUUAGUUGCAGCUUGCGGAGCGCCAGCGAAAUGUAACUCUCCAAGGAGUCAGAUCAGCAGGCCGCUGCGGGACCACGGGGCAGGCUGAAUAGAGCACUUCUGUUGGAAAGAUCCACUCCAAGAGGAGUCACAGCAAGAGUUGAGAAAAAAAAAAAAGAGUUGAGGGAGCUGACAGAUCACCCUCCGCAGCACUGCCUGGCGGCCGCGUGGCAUAAUCCUACCACCUGCUCCUCGGGGAGCUGACUGCUCUGCUGGGGAGUGGCGGGUGGCUGCCCUGGUCCAGGUCCCCAGGCAUCCACACGCAAGCAACUGGCCGGACAGCCGGUGGUCUGACAACUGAGGGCUUGCAGUGAGUGCCGAGUGGCCCGUCCGCUCAUUUGAGGCAAGAAGACAAAGUCCUAAAGAUGAAUGGGCACUCUCUGAAACAGUGCCUGUUAUGUGUCGUCUGCUUUUUCAAGCAAAAAGUUUUGUGUAGAAAUUCUCUUGGCACAGUGUAGGAGCUUUGGGUAGCCAGCUUCUGGGCGCCCGGCUUCCGCACCCUGUUGUUCCCUGCACCUCUCCCACUGUGCCUGCAAGUGUGACUUGUGUCAGCUGAACACCCCCAAACCAGGGAGCAAGCACUUUGUGCCCAGAGCUGGGCCUGCCUGUUUGUGGGUGCAGUUUGUCCUGGGCUGCGUGUGAGGAAGUUGGGGUAUGGGGCCCACUGUGGUCCAAGCUUCCUCCACAGACUUUGGCAAGAAAUCUCAUUAUUACCCUACGAUUCCUUUCCUGCUCCCACGGCAAAGUGCUUGUCUGAAAACUCUGGGUUUCUAAGGGCGGCGUGAAAACCAGCGGGAUCCAGCAUUGCCCUGUGCUCAUGCUAAUGUAACACGUGGCUCGGGAAGGCCAUCCCCACAGCGUGCACGCGGCGUCCUCUCCACUCAGGAGACUUCUCAGGCUGUGUUCAUCUGCUGGGUCACCACUCACUGGCUUGUUUGUGCCCAAAGCAGCAAAACUCUGUUGUCUUUUGUUGUCUUUCUUUUCUUUGCGGUGCUGGAGAUGGCGGUCAGGACCUUGUGCACUCUGAGUACGGUUGGACCUGACAUUAAAUUUGAAACUUAUUUAUUGCAGUUGGAAGCGUAUUUGCAGGGCGGCAUGUGUGCCAGCUGUGGCCUUUGCUGAUGUGGCCGUCACAGCGCUGUGCUGUUGUACGGUGUCAGCCUGGAGGGUGAGGAGUGCCACGUGCAUCCCUCUCUCAGUCUUAGUUUUCUCAGUCGUAAUACUGUAUGUCCUACUUCAAAGCUUGAGUUGCUUUUUUGUACAUAACUUGCCUUGGAUUUAUUGUGCAAUUUGUUUAUAUGUUUUUGUGAAUUAUCAGGAGUAGAUUUGAUAAAUACAUGUGAAUAACCUCCUGUAAAUAAAUUUUAUAACAAAAAUGUACUAAACUAUUUUCUGAAAUUAGUUGUGCAGAUUGAGAGUUCUUGCUGUAGCUUUGACUUUAUGCUAUGGAUUCUUAGCUGGAAUUUGGCACAGUAGCUCGGUUGCCUGGUUAAAACCUAAAUUUUAAGAGAAAAUGACAAUUAAAAAUAGAAAUAAAACUGA